AAGGCCGAGAAGAAGGACAAGAAGGACAAGAAGGAGAAGAAGGAAAGGAAGGAAAAGAAGAGUAAGGAGGCGAAGGAGGAUCAGGAGAGCAAGAAGCCCAAGUCUGAGAAGAAGGCGAAGAAGGAGACCACCGAGGACAAGCCCGCCAAGAAGUCCAAGAACGAGGUGAAGUCCGAGGAGGUUGAGGAGUCAUCCGGCCCGACCCCUUACCAGGAGCACCCCGACCUCGCCAACGUCUCCCAGUCCACCAUCGAGGAGUUCUACAAGGAGCACCGCAUCACUCUCAACGCCCAGAGAGCCUUGAAGCCCCUCACCUCCUUCUCCUACCUCCGCGUCGACCCCAAGAUCAAGUCCGGUCUUUCGAAGUUCAAGGAUCCUACGCCUAUCCAGGCUAUGUCAUGGCCCUACCUCUUUGCUGGGUCUGACGCGAUCGGUAUUGCCGAGACUGGUUCUGGAAAGACCUUGGCCUUCGGUGUCCCCGGUAUGCAGCACAUCUUCAACUUGCCCGAUAGCCGUGGUGUGAGGAUGUUGGUCGUUUCGCCUACGCGUGAGUUGGCGAUGCAGACCGCAGAGAACUUGACGAACUUGGGAGAUGCGUGUGGUAUCAAGGUCGCAUGUUUGUACGGUGGUGUCUCUAAGCACAGUCAGGUGCAAGAGUUGAAGAGGGCUUCCAUUGUGGUUGGCACACCUGGACGUUUGUUGGAUAUGAUCAAUGAGGGCGCUUGUGAUGUUUCCAAGGUCAGUUUCUUGGUUUUGGAUGAGGCGGAUCGUAUGUUGGACAAGGGAUUCGAGGAGGAUAUCAGGAAGAUCAUCACUGCUACUCCUACGGAGGGUCGUCAGACUGUCAUGUUCUCUGCUACUUGGCCCGAGGAGGUUAGGAAGCUUGCGAACACCUUUAUGACCAACCCCACCAAGAUCACGAUCGGUUCCGACGACCUCGCUGCGUCGCAGAGUGUCACCCAGCUCGUCGAGGUUCUCGAGGACUCCCGUGCGAAGUCCCAGCGUUUGGUGCAGUUGUUGAAGCAGUACCAGUCCGGUGCCAAGAAGAACGACAGAAUCCUUAUCUUCGCGCUCUACAAGAAGGAGGCGUCGAGGGUUGAGAACGACUUGAAGUACAAGGGAUUCAACGUCGCUGCUAUCCACGGUGACAUGCAGCAGCACGCCCGUACCGCCGCUUUGGAAGAGUUCAAGUCUGGUCGUUGCCCGUUGUUGGUCGCCACCGAUGUCGCCGCUCGUGGUCUUGACAUUCCCGCUGUCGAGCUUGUCAUUAACCUUACCUUCCCUCUCACCAUCGAGGACUACGUUCACCGUAUUGGACGCACAGGACGUGGUGGCCGUUCUGGUAUUGCUAUUACUAUGUUCACCAAGGAGGACAAGCAGCACUCUGGAUCUCUCAUUAACGUCUUGAAGGCUGCUGGACAGGAGGUGCCUGAGGAGUUGAUGGCGUUCGGAACUACGGUUAAGAAGAAGCCGCACUCUGCGUAUGGUGCUUUCUUCAAGGAGGAUGAUGGUUCGAUGAAGAAGGCUACCAAGAUCACCUUCGAUUAGAGUGUCAGGUGGUUAGAAAAGUUGAACUGGGACGGAGUAAAUUGAAUAUAGCUACAUAUAUAGCUGGAUACCCUUG